AUGGGGGCACCGCUCUUUUUCGUCAUUGCCCGCGUGGUGAGCAGAGACGGGGCGUUGGAAAAGUGGCGCGAAGUUCUCGCCGGCCUGUGCAAAGUCUCCAAAACGGAGCGGUACUCGAAUUCCUACUACUGGGGCCACGACCUGGACGGCGAGACCGACACCCUCUGGGGCCUCGAGGGCUACUACCACGCGACGGGGUUCUUCCUCGACCACGUCUCCAGCGACGAGUUCAAGGCCGAGAUGCGCAAGGUCGACGACGCCAAGCUGCUCCGCACCGUCCAGGGCAUCGGCAGCCCUGACUACGACCUUCGUUACUACGACCUGUUCGGCGGGUUUUUGACCCGCAAGGACGACCCCGACCGGGACAGGCAGGACAGUUUCGUCUGCGUCGUGCAUUUCUCGGCCGCCGAGGGCAGGCGCAAACAGCUCUUGGGUGUCGCGGCUGAUUGUGCCGACUUGGUCGAGGCCACGGCCGGGAAUGGGGUUGCUCCCUUUGGUGCGGUGCAGAGUUUCGCCGUCCUCAAAGAAGUCAAUGAUUUGAGUCUGGUCAGUCUCUAUAUCAGGACUCGGUCACAAGAGGCAUGGGAGGCGCUCGAAGCCUCCGAUAUCUUCCAGCGGCUGUUGGACCAUGUCAAGCCGAUCACGACAAAGACGGAGAAGCACCGCUCACAGGCAUUCAUCGGCCACAUCAACCAGGACUGUUUGACUCGCGCUCUAUAG